AUGGCAGGAUACAAAAACUACGCAAAGAACACUGACAGCUAUUGUAGAAUACCAUUUGCCGAAUCUACUUAAAUCAAUAGAGAUAGCAAGACAUUGAGGACACAGUAGGUAGGCACUUUGAAAUGGCCAGCAGCUUGCUUUUUCUUAUUCACUUCUUGCUCUUAGUGUUCCUUCCUCCAAACCUUGAAGCAGCUCAAGAAGGUGAGAGGUGCCGUCACAAUGGGCCAUCAAUCAGAUUUCCAUUCUGGGUUAAAGCUUUCCACCCAGAUCGCUACCGCUAUCCUGGGUUCGAGCUGUCCUGUGACAAGAACAAACAAACAGUCCUUGAUCUUCCCUUUUCUGUGAAGCUAUUUGUCAAGAAAAUUGACUAUAAAUCUCAAGUUAUUCGAUUGUAUGACCCAGAUGGCUGCGUUCCGGCAAAGCUUCCAAACCUCAACUUGUCUGCCUCUCCUUUCCAGUUCAAUGAAAUAUACUUAGGUAAUUACUCGUUAUUCAAUUGUUCUGCGCCAGGCAGACAAAUUGAUCUCUCGGUUCCUUGCCUUCGAGCUUCCGCCUACCAGGUGUAUGCCAUAUUGUCUAUGGAGACAGUCGAUGAUUAUCCUUUGACAUCUUGCAUCAAGAUUCAUGACUUACAAUCGGUGCCCUAUAAUAUAUUUGAUCAAAGAGGUAAGCUUCAGUUGAGUUGGUCGAAACCAAAUUGCAGCUUCUGUGAAGCUGAAGGCAAGAUUUGUAGAUUGAAGGAUAAUACCACAGAACAUGAAACUGAAUGUGUUGCCACAUCCAAAACACUCAAAGGUCAUGAAUUUAAUAAACGAUUGCAGACAGGUCUAAUUUUAGGUUGCUUUCUUCUUGUAGCAGUUCCUGUACUCUAUCAUAUCUAUAGCUCAAUUAAAAUGAAAAAAGAGAAUGAAGUAAAAAUUGAAAAAUUUUUGGAGGAUUAUAGAGCUCUUAAGCCCACAAGAUACUCUUAUGCUGAUAUCAAAAGGAUCACGAAUCAUUUUAGUGAGAUAUUGGGUGAAGGAGGUUACGGAACCGUUUACAAAGGAAGGCUUUCCGAUGACAUUUUUGUUGCAGUGAAGGUCCUCAACAGUUCAAUGGGAAAUGGGGACGAUUUCAUCAAUGAAGUUGGAACCAUUGGGAGAAUUCACCAUGUUAAUGUGGUUCGUUUGGUUGGGUUUUGUGCCGAUGGAUUUAGAAAAGCUCUUGUAUAUGAGUUCCUUUCGAAUGAUUCACUGGAAAAGUUCAUAUCUUCAACAAGCUCUAAAAAUAAAACUCUUGGUUGGAAGAAGCUUCAAGACAUUGCUUUAGGCAUAGCCAAAGGGAUUGAAUAUCUUCACCAAGGGUGCGACCAAAGAAUCCUGCAUUUUGAUAUUAAACCCCAUAAUAUCUUGUUAGACCACAACUUCAAUCCUAAGAUCUCUGAUUUUGGUUUGGCCAAGUUGUGUUCAAAAGAACGAAGUGCUGUUUCUAUAACUGCUGCUAGGGGAACAAUGGGCUACAUAGCACCCGAAGUGUUAUCAAGACAUAUCGGGAAAGUUUCACAUAAGUCGGAUGUUUAUAGCUUCGGAAUGUUAUUGCUUGAAAUGGUUGGAGGAAGGAAGAGUAUUGAUGUUGCAGUAAACAAUACUAACCAAGAAAACUCUCCAGAAUGGAUAUAUAAUCGCUUAAACCAAGGUGAAGAGCUACGAAUUCGGAUUGAGGAAGAUGGAGAUGUUGAGAUAGUGAGAAAGCUUACUAUAAUUGGACUGUGGUGUAUUCAAUGGUAUCCGACAGAUCGUCCUUCAAUGCAAACUGUGGUUCAAAUGUUGGAAGGAGGAGAAGACAACUUGACCAUGCCUCCUAAUCCUUUUGCUGCUACAAGUUCAACAAGAGUAAAUGCAAACACACUUGCAAGAAGACCUCUUCAACAAGAGUUGGCAGUUAUCGAAGAACUAGAGUGAAAAUCUAAAGGCACCAUAGUUUGUCUAGAUAAUAAAGAUCCUCAUGUACUGAAUCAUGCAUUAAUGUACUCUUGGUUACCAAGGUUUGGUUUUAGCUUCUCAAACUCUUGAAUUUGUAGCAAUUCAGAACUCGUAGAGAAAUUAUGAUUGCCCAAUCUGUAAUAACUAAAAAUAUUACUAUUAGCCCUUGUUUGGUAUGAAUGAAAAAUGGAUUGAUGAAAAAUGGGAAGGAAUCAAUAAUAAUGCCACUAGCCCUCAAUGGCCAAAAGUU